UCAUACUAAUAGUUGGAAUACGGGUUGGAUCGGGUUCUACGGGUUGUGUAAUCCAAAAUCCAAACCCAACCCAAAGGAGGCGGGUUGUACAAAAGAAAACCCUCACCCAACCAAAAACCAUAGUUUUAGCGAUAAAUACGGGUGGGUUGGAUCGAAUUGAAUGGGUGGAUCAGUUUGCGGGGUGUUUGUUCACCCCUAGCUUUAAUGGCGCUCCGCGAUUAAUUCGCCUAAUUCAAUUACCUUCCCAUAUAUAAAACUCGUUAAUAGGUGUUUUAGAUGUUAAAAUGUUCGACAUUUCCAAAAUUUCUAGUAUAAUCCACCUCUUUACCUGUAGCAUUUUAUUUGGGUUAUUUUCUCCUUAGUUUAGAGAUUUAAUUAUCUAUUAAAUAACAAAUCUCUCAGAGAGAUUCUACACAUUGAUUUUUGAGAGUUUUUACUACUAUUUUAUCUCUUUUUUUUUUAAAAAAAUUCACUAUAUGCACUUACUAAAAAAUUCACUAUAUGGGAUUCCCUGAAAAAUUCCUUGUUUGGCUAAGAAUGUGUGUCACCACCCCGAAGUUUAGCAUUGGUUUUAAUGGUGGUUCAAUAGUGUACUUCCCUGCAAAAAAAAGGGUUGAGGCAAGGGGAUCCCCUUUCCCCCUACCUCUUUGCUGUAGUUAUGGAAAUCUUUUCUUGCCUGAUGAAUAAGGCUGUUCUUCAGAAUGCUAUGCCUUUUCACCCUAUGUGUAAAAGACUUAAGCUCACCCAUCUUAUGUUUGCGGACGAUCUUUUACUGUUUUCUGAUCGCUCGAACUUUGGGAUCCAAUGUAUCAAAAGGGUUCUGGAAGAUUUUAGAUACAUGUCUGGGCUCUGAUCAAACCCUUCCAAAUGUGAGCUCUACUGUGGCGGCAUUUGUGAACAAUGGCAGGAGCUGAUGUCUCAGCACUCAGGUUACAAAUUGGGGUCACUUCCAGUUCGUUAUCUGGGGCUCCCUCUGCUUCCUGGCAAACUAACAAUCAAAGCUUGCAAACCUCUCAUAGAUAGAGUUAUGAGCAGAAUUAAUAGCUGGAAAUCAAAGUCUCUGUCUUAUGCUGGUAAAAUUCAACUUGUGAUCUCUGUUUUGUACAGCCUCUCCCAUUUUUGGAUGUCGAUCUUCAUUUUACCUAAGGCUGUCAUCAAAGCUAUAGAAAAAGUGUGCAGUGAUUUUUUGUGGGGGGUUGGAGAUGGUGCUAGGAAGAAAGCAGUGGUUGCUUGGUCUCGAAUUACUUAUCCUAAAAAGGAAGGGGGACUGGGACUAAGGGAUAUGGGCACUUGGAAUCUUGCUUGUGUUGUAAGGCACAUCUGGGCUGUUUUGUUUAGGCAAGGGUCUCUUUGGGUUGCUUGGAUCUGGGAAUAUCGGAUAAAAGGGGGUAAUUUCUGGACUCUUACCUCCAAAGCUGGCUCCUGGCUUUGGCAGAAAAUAUUGAAGAUCAGGGAUAAGGUCAGAGGUUGGUUCUCUGUUGCUUCUGAUGGGGUCUAUUGGAAGGGUGCACUAAUGCCUAAAUUAUGCAUCAGAAAGGUUUGGGAGGAGUUUGGUCCCAAAAGGAGCUAUGUCCCUUGGAAAACUCUGAUUUGGAAAGGUCCAAAUAUUCCAAGGAACCAGUUCCUGGUUUGGCUUGUUGUCACUGAUUGUAUCACAACUGGAGAGAAAGCUCAGGGGUAGGGUGGUUCAGGAGAUUAUGGAUGUGUGUUUUGCUCGUGCAGCUUGGAAACGAGAUCUCACUUGUUUGCUGAAUGUCAUUUGUUUAAACAGUUGUAUGUAGCUCUGUUUGCCAAUUUUGCAGAUAGAACCCCUGGAGAUCAAUGGACUACUAAGCUUCAGUGGGCUAUAUCUGCUUUCAAAGGAUCCACAAUCUCAUCACAAACUGGGAAGUUAAUUUGGCAGGCUUUGAUUGCUUCAAUCUGGAGAGAACGUUGCUUGGUUAAGUAUGCAGGGAGAAAAGCUGAUUUCCAUGAUCUGAUGAUGCGAAUUAAAGGGGAUAUAAGGG